UUGCCAAGUUCAUUAACAACUAUUGGAGAUGGUUACUUCACAGAAUGCAUAUCGUUAACAGAAAUAACAAUCCCUCAAAGCCUCCAUAGACUGGAAAGUGGAACAUUUACAAGUUGUAUCAAUCUAAAAACAGUAAAUUGGCAUGAUAACAUUACAUACAUUGGCUGGUUCUGCUUCCAGAACUGUACAAGUCUCGUUGUCACAGAUUGUCCGAAAUAUAUGAAUGAAUUAGGUCAUAACGCGUUUUGUGGCUGCACAUCAUUGAAAACAAUCACAUUAUAUGAUGAAGUCGAGAUAAUUGAUGAUUACGCAUUUGCAGACUGCACAAACCUUCAAACAAUCAAUUUUACAAAUAAUUUGAUGACAAUUCACAAAUAUGCGUUUGAAAACUGCAAAUCACUGGUUAUCACAGAGAUUCCUGAUAAUGUUAUUACAAUUAGUGAAGGUGUUUUCAAAGGUUGCUCAUCAAUUACAAAAAUUAAAAUUUCAGAUUAA